AUGGCCCGUCGUCCCGCGAGAUGUUACCGCUACUGCAAGAACAAGCCCUACCCUAAGUCCCGGUUCAACCGUGGUGUUCCCGACCCCAAGAUCCGUAUCUUCGAUCUGGGACGUAAGAAGGCCAACGUCGAUGACUUCCCUCUUUGCGUUCACCUCGUCUCCAACGAGUACGAGCAGCUGUCCUCCGAGGCCCUCGAAGCCGCCCGUAUCUGUGCCAACAAGUACCUCGUGAAGAUCGCCGGUAAGGAAGGUUUCCACCUCCGUGUCCGUGUGCACCCCUUCCACGUCAUUCGUAUCAACAAGAUGUUGUCUUGCGCCGGUGCCGAUCGUCUCCAGACCGGUAUGCGUGGUGCCUUCGGUAAGCCCCAGGGUACCGUUGCCCGUGUGAACAUUGGCCAGAUCAUUCUGUCCGUCCGCACCCGUGACACCAACCGUGCUGCUGCCAUCGAGGCUCUCCGCCGCUCCAUGUACAAGUUCCCCGGUCGCCAAAAGAUCAUCGUCUCCAAGAACUGGGGUUUCACUCCCGUCCGCCGCGAGGACUACGUCCAGCUCCGCCAGGAGGGCAAGCUCAAGCAGGAUGGUGCCUACGUCCAGUUCCUGCGUGGCCACGGUCUCAUCGAGGAGAACAUGAAGCGUUUCCCCGACGCCUACGAGAACGUUUCUCAGGCUUAG